AUAGUCAAUUUUCUUUACUGUUGCUGUGCAAAAUGUGGAAAUGCUUAGUCAGUACACUUGUUGUGCCAGUUCGUAGACAAACUACACAUAACAUGCGCUUAAUAAUGCAGAUGCACACAAUAUCAUGGGAAUUGUAUGCGAAAAAACUUGUACUGUCAAAACAAGAUGUUAACAUGGCUCAAAUAAUUAAUGGCAAUGACAUGGCCCAGGAUAUACGCAAAAAUUUGCGAAAUGAACUACUGCAAUUUGUUGCAGCUGGACAUCGUCAGCCACACCUGACAGCCAUCAUUGUGGGCGAGGAUCCGGCUAGCAAGACAUAUGUGGAGAAGAAAGUACUUGCCUGCAAGGAGAUUGGCAUAAGUAGCAGAACAAUUGUGUUGCCCAAGCCAACCACACAAGAGGAGCUGUUGCGGUUGAUCGAGGAGGAGAACAAGAAUGAGAAUGUGAAUGGUUUACUGGUGCAACUGCCGGUACCAGAGCACAUUGAUGAGCGCACCAUAUGCAAUGCCAUAAGUGCUGACAAGGACGUAGAUGGCUUUAAUGAGAAGAACAUUGGCCGCCUAGCGCUGGACAUGAAUUGCAUUGUACCGGCGACGCCAUUGGGUGUGAAGACCAUGCUGCAGCGCAGCAAUAUACAGACCUUUGGACGCAAUGUUGUUGUCGUUGGGCGCUCCAAGAACGUCAGCCUGCCCUUGGCCAUCAUCUUACAUUCGGAUGGCAAGCAUGCGGCCAAAGGUCUGGAUGCCACUGUUACCAUCUGCCAUCGCAAUACGCCAGCCAAGGAGCUAGCCAAGCAUUGCCGCCAAGCGGAUAUUAUUGUUGUGGCCGUGGGGAAACCGGGCCUGAUAACCAAGGAUAUGGUCAAGCCGGGCGCUUGUGUCAUCGAUGUGGGCAUCUCCAGAAUCCAGGAUGAGGCGGGCAAAUUCAAGCUAGUCGGCGACGUUGAUUUCGAUGAGGUUCGUCAGGUGGCUGGACACAUUACGCCAGUGCCUGGAGGCGUUGGCCCCAUGACAGUUGCCAUGCUCAUGCAAAAUACUAUCCUGGCUGCCAAAAAACAGGCCUCAAAUCGAACCGAUUGAAAACGACAGCUGCCAGAAUCUGUCCCGAAUUUACAUUUUCUGCUGCCUUACCCAGCGGGCCAUAGUAUUUUGUUAUAUAAACCACUAACCAUUAAAAAGAAGAAAAUAGACUAAGCAACAAGCCGCUCAAAUAACGACCAUAUGUUAUAGUGACAGAUAAAUAAACUACAUUAAAAUCUAAUAAAAUAUGAAAGUAAAA